GUCAUCGAAUCGCUUAUCGAUUUGUUUACUAUUUUGAUUUUCGCGAGGUCUGGCUGGGAAAAUUGCAAAUUUUCCAAGAUUCUCACUGUGAUCCGUGACUAUGUCUGAGGAAACGGUGUCCGGAGACAUUCCUGCGGGGACGGAAGGUGGAAUUGCGUCAGCGGGCGAACAGACAGAGGAGAAAAGUGAGCUGCAAAACAAUACCAAAGUUGACAUCCUGCUAAACGCCACGGGCAACGUGCCAAUCAUGAAGAAGCGAAAGUGGACUGUGGAGCAGGACAAGCCCAUCAGUUGGAUCAUCAAAUUCAUUCACAAGUACCUCAAGCUCGAUCCGGAAGAGAAGCUCUUUCUCUACGUGAACCAGACAUUCGCGCCCUCGCCUGACCAGAUCGUGAAGAACCUGUACGAGUGCUACGGGACGAACGGCAAGCUCGUUCUCUACUAUUGCAAGAGCCAAGCGUGGGGAUAA